GUGCGGAAUGGUCGCGCCCGGGAGGAGCGUUCUGGACCCGAGUGGAGCGUCACGAUCAAAGAGGCCAGCGCGGAGACAGCGAGACACACGGGGAGAGAGGGAGAGACACGGGGAGACACACGGGGACAUAGAGAGACACGGGGACAUAGAGAGACACGGGGACAUAGAGAGACACGGGACAUAGAGAGACACGGGGAGACACACGGGGACAUAGAGAGACACGGGGACAUAGAGACACACGGGGACAUAGACACACGGGGAGACACACGGGGGCAUAGAGAGACACACAGGGAGACACACGGGGGUCUCCAUAGAGACAGAGAGACACACAGGGAGACACACAGGGGGACAGGGUCUCCAUAGAGACAGCGAGACACACGAGGAGACACGGGGGUCUCCAUAGAGACAGCGAUACACACGGGGGGAGAUAGAGAGACACACAGGGAGACACACGGGGAGACACACGGGGAGACAGGGUCUCCAUAGAGACAGCGAUACACACGAGGAGACGGUCGCCAUAGAAACGGAGACACGGGGAGACAGGGACACAGAGUGACGCAGAGAGACAUAGGGGGGGGGGGGGUGGGGGGCUAACGCGUGGCCAAGCAAUCUCCGUAGAGACAGGGAGACAGGCACUUGGAGACACGCACACAGAGCCGGUUGCUAGCAGACGGACAAAAGAAGACAGGCGGAGACACCCGGACCCCUGGAGACAGACACGUGGAGACACCCACGUGGAGACACGUGGAGACACCCACGUGGAGAGCGCUGGCCAUCUCUUUCACACCGCGGUGGGUGCGGCCGUCACCGGCCUGGAACUCAAAAAACCUCCUCGGUGCCGCCUGAAGCAUCCGUCACCGCACGAGGGUGCGGCGGUAGCGGCGGCAGUAACGGCGGUGGCGGCGGUGGCGGCGGUGGCGGCGGUUCGGUGAUCGGCGGCUCUCAAGGACGGACCGAGAGAGACCCGGCCGGUGGCCACGCACGCCGGCGGCCUCCCAGCGCUGCCCUUUGACCCGGCCCUCUCUUUAACCUGCGCGGGCGGCUUGGGGCAGCGCCUGCCGCCAGCGUCUCCCCUGCCGCGUUCGGCCUCCGCAACAUCGCCCGCCCGCCCUCCCCUGCCCCCCCUCCCCUGCCUGCGUGCCCCCCAGCCCGGCACGACGAUGAGUGAGUUCUGGCUCUGCUUCAACUGCUGCGUGGCGGAGCAGCCGCAGCCGAAGCGGCGGCGGCGAAUCGACCGCUCCAUGAUCGGCGAGCCGACCAACUUCGUGCACACGGCGCACGUGGGCUCGGGGGACAUGUACAACGGGGGCAACACCUCGGGCGGGAUGAUCCAGCAGCAGAUGCAGUCCAAGGGCGGCUACGGGAACGGGCGGCCGGCGAGUGACCCCCCCUCAGGGCCCCCGCUCGUCGACACCAAGGCGGGAUAGCGGUCGCCACCGCCCCCCCCCCCCCCCCACUGGACCCAGCGGCAGCCCCCCCCCCCCACCCGCUGGGUCUCCGCGAGCCGCGUCCCCCCGCGGAGUUCCCCGUUUAGCUCGUGUGGACGUGUCCGCGUGUCCGCUUGUCCGUGCACGCGCCCUUCCCUGCGCUGCGCCGACUCGGGCCCCUCCGGACUCGCCGGCAAUGGGCAAUGGACGAGAUCGCACUCGGAGGGAUCGUCAGCAGUGGCGGUGCGGAGUGAGCGCCGGCGCCGCUCUCCCCUUGGCUGUCUCGGGACGAAGAGGCAGAGGACGGAGAGAGGGAACGGACGAAGACGAGAGCGAGCGCCCGCCCGACGGUUACGAUCGGCAACACGCGACGGACGAGCCAGCGCCACCCCCCACCGCCACUGACACGGCACCACGAUCCUGCGGGCGGCGCAGGCCGGGCGGCUCGCCACACAGCGCCGAUGCCACCGAAUUGAAGCCGGCACCGUUCUGCCGGAGGUGGCCGGUAGAACGGUGCCGGGGAAGAGCACAACGACUAGCGGGCGCCGUCGCUCAUUCAACCGACGGCGCACGAAGCGAGAACAAAAGUCCGAACCAAGAAUAAAAGCUUAUUUUUCUUACUUUGUAAAUUAAAGUUAUUGCUUUGAGGUUGUUCCGCGGAGGGAGGCAGUGAGAGGCCGUGGAGUCGAAGCCAGGAUUUUGGGGGCCUUGGCUGUGACACGCGCUCGGGGGCAGCUGCUCUCUCCGGAUCUGCUCGCCCGCCUGCCCGCUCGCGGCGAUCAACUCGGCGCACGCUGCUGCCACCGCACGGCGCUUUCUGUCCGCGUCGUCUCCUGCCGCGUGCGCGCCGCCACGAGGGCGGCCCCCACGAGUCGGCCGACAUCGAUCAAAACAAAACCUCGGCGAUGGCGGCGACGAGACGCACACAAAGUGGGGACGCACAAGCGGCGGGCGAGCGGUGCCGCGCCGCGCGCUCCGCCCGGCCGUUCAAGGACUGGCGAGCGCGCCAACGAACAAAAUCGACGGGGCGAUGGGAUGGACGGACGAUCGAGCUCGGCUCUGCGCCGCCCCUGGACGCCCGGUCGUGACGUCGCCGCCGGCCCUCGCCCGGAGAUUCGGACGCCGCAGACAGAGAUUGGACUGACGGGGUCGCGCUCUCGUCGGCGGGCGGUGACCGUGUCCUGCUGUGCGCUUGUGGACGUGCGUGUCCAUCCAUUCAUCCGUGCGCGUGUCUGUAGACCAGGAGGUGGGGAACCUCAUACUCGCUGAGGGCCGAAUAGGACAAAUUACAAUUGGUGGGCCACACGUUUAACACUCUGGCCACUUCUAUCGCUGCGGGAGGCCCCUGCGGAGACAGAAGUUUCAAGAAUCAAGUUGAUUUUGUUGAACCGGGUUGAGAACUCAAGGGACCAGGGUACAUGUCUCAAUUAGCAAGAGUGAGUGACUGAGCCGGGUCUCUGAAAUCACAAAAGCAAUAACAUUCAAAAACUUGGCAGAACAAUGAAGCAAAUAGGCUUCGGAGCAAAAACAAACAAAAUAUAAAUCGGAGCACAAGCAACUGCGCUACAGACGAAAUCAACAAACAGUCACGCGAACACGAUGAACAUCGCAUUAUAAAUACAUUUUCCAGUCACGAAAAUUGGCACGGCCCGAAUUACUUUCACAAACCGUCCAGAGUACAGUCGGGUUUCAUCCGCGACUCGGCGCGUUGUCGCCACGUAAAAAAAUAUCCUCCCCUCUAGUCCACGAUCAGCGUGGCUCAGAGGCUCCCUGGCAGGGGUGGACAAACAUCGUUUGUGGGCCUCCCGAGCGACGGUGGCGGUGGGAGGCCUCGUGUGGCCGUGGGCUACCGUGUGAGAUGAAGCGGCAGGCCGCGUCUGGUCCGUUUCUGGGCCGCGCUGCGGUCGGUUUAACCCCGAGGCGGUCGGUUUAACCCCGCGGCACGGCAGUCACUUGGAAUUUUCUCCGUCUUGUUUUUGCAAACCGAUUUCUCCACCGAUGUUGGAACGUAUUCAUUCAUUAUAUAGCUCAUUCACUGAAAAGUCACCAUCCCCUACUGCCCCCAUAGCGUAUUUGCGCCUGCCACAUGCUCGCGUGUGCGUCUUCAUCAUCGCACGUCACGGGGUACUGUGACAAAGACACGCGGACACAUACACACAACGACGCGUGUGUGUGUGUGCGUCACUGCCACUCUGGCGCAGGCGGCCCCUCUGGGUGGCCCCGCUCGCUGGGGACGAGUGGUGGACAGCGGUCGGUACAAGAUUUGGUGUGUGCCGAGACUGGUGUAAAUUCCACGGUGCCGUGGCAGGGACCCGUCUCCCCGUAGGACAACGGCCGUUGACGUCGCUCUUCAGUGGUGCAGCCGCUGGUCAGCGGUGCUCGUUUUACCGACCCUGGACGACGACGACGGUGAUGGUAAUGAUUGUAACCUCGGCUGGGAUUUUAACUCGUGACCUCAGACAUGGAGAGAGAGCCCCCUGGGGGCUCAACCGCGGCCAUUCCAGCCAUGUACGAUCGACGCUCGGCGGUGCAGAGCAUCACCGCUCAUUUACCCAGAGGGCAAUCCUCACCGUCCCUUCAGCGGGGCUUCUUCAUUGAGAUGCUUGGCCAUGAAUCCCAUUGAUGAUGAGCGCUUGGCAUCGUGCCGGGAGGAGACCCCGGAACGAACACCGCGAGCGGGAGACGCUCGCCGCUGCACGCCUACGACACCUCGCAAGCCUCCUCGGUGCAGGCAGUCCACCCAUACAAGUGACUAACCUGGGCUCUCAAAAAAAGCCCUCCUCAGUUUACGAUAGAUAUUUACCAGGUCGGGCGGACACAUUCCGGUAAUGGCCCAUAAAAGGCAAUUCAAGUCGACGCACUGUGUACACUUUAUCGGCAGCGGGCCAGUUGCGGUGCGUUUCGUCCACGUCGCCCGCGCGUGGACCACGUGUGCGGGGCCCCAUCGUCGCUCGGUCUCCCCAUGUCGCACGCUCGCCCGGGGAGUACUCGCGCCGCGCGACGCACGCGGUGACUUCAAUGCACCCCGGUGGCCGUCGCGAGGGCUCGUUGAGCCACGCGAUGGCUCGGGGAACAACCAAUUCCCACCCCCGACCCUCACCCCAUCUCCACCACCACCCUCACCCCCGACCCUCACCCCAUCUCCACCACCAUCACCCCCACCCUCGACCCUCACCCCAUCACAACCACCACCCCCACCCAGGUGAGUGGCUGGACGCCACGCCGGUGCGAUCACAACCCAGCGCCACUCACGCGUCUUAAUUCUCGUGGUCUGGGGAAACGUUGUCUUAAUGAUGACGAAUCAAGUAUUAUUAUUGUUGUUUGUUUAUUAUUGUUGCUGUCGUAAGAUUAUUUGAGUGGUGUAUGCGCUCUCAAAAUGAUUAUUUUGCACUGA